AUGGACCAAGAUGUCGACGAGGGGCCACCGGCCUCACAGGCUAGCUCCCACUUCCCGUUACUAGAACCCAUCUCGGGCGCGACGCUAUAUGAACUCGAGUCAGCGCGUCGCGAGACUCUCAGGCGUCGCGGACGAGUGCGAACCGGCUGCGCCGAGGUGGAUGACGCGGUGCUGCUGGGCGGCUUGGAGCGCGGGUCCGUUGUGGGGGUCAGUGCUGAGGAUGUCGAGUUCGGGCUUUUGGUCGGACUACAGACCGUGGCGCAUACGAUGGUGUUUGAGGGUGCGGGUGCAAGGAAGCAGAGAGCGGCUAUCGUUACUACGUUGACGCCGGCGGCGAUACUCCCGGCGCUAAGGGACGUUAUUAGAGCACAGGUUCAGGCUGGUUUGGGCCCGACGGCGAAUCAGAAGCAGGAGGUUGUGAAUGCGGAGGUGAGACGCUGUCUUGAGCGGAUUUCUGUCUCGAGGGUUUUUGAUGUCGAGGGCUUGUGGGAGGUUCUUGGCGAGCUUGAGACGCCGCCUCCUCUUGGGCGUGAUGCUGCUCCGGAGGAAGAGGAAGAAGAGGUGGCUUCUGCUGCGGCUGCGGCUGUUGUUGAAGACAAAAAGCAUUCGGCUCACGCUGAGUCGCCGGGUUCAUUCCCGCCAGGUAUGUCGGAAGAAGAGGAUAAGGACGAGGUAGUAAAGGACGUUCCUUCACCACCGCCGCCCAAGAUGAAGCGGAUGGAAGUGGCAGACAGCGAAGACGAAGAAGAGCUAAGCUUAUCACCACCGUCUCUACCAGAACAACAACAACCAUCCGCACCACCUCUCCCAUCCUCUCCUCCGAAACCACCCUCGUCUCCUUCUCCUUCCCCUCCCACGGCACAAACCACUACUGCAAACCCAGCACCUACAAGCAACCAAGAGAAGCCAUCGCACAUCCCAGACCUAAUCCUCAUAACGCAUUUCUCAGCCCUCCUCGCAAACCUCUUCACCCGCUCCGCAGACAACAAGGCCGGCGCACAUAGCACCCUGCACCUACUAUCCUCGCACCUGCGGUAUCUAGCCCGGUCGGCUGACGGGCCGCUUGUUAUGCUUCUCAACAGCACUACUGCUACUCCUGCAUCUACAUCUACAUCCGCAUCCACCGGCAGCACAUCUGUUUCUGCCGGUCCCUCUUCUCAUGUACCACAAAACCCUGCUCCAGCAGCAACAGCGAAAGACCGCUCUUCUUUGGAACCUACGCUCCGCUCUAUCUUCCUUCCCGUGCCUGGACUAGGAGCAGCAGGGGGAAGACGGCAGAGCAAACCCGCGUUCGGCGCUACGUUCGCGCAGUUCCUCGACUUGCAUGUGCUGUGCACGCGGGUGCCGCGGACGCGAGCCGAUGCGGAGGCGUUGGCGUUGGCUGUGGGGACGUCCGGGCUGGUGAGGUGGUGUUGGGUUGUGGAGGUUUUGCUUGAUGAGUUGGGGGUGGAGAUAUAUAGGGAUAGCGACGAGGGCGAGAGUGAGAGUGAGAGUAAGAAUAUGGAUGGUGGUAGUGGUAAUGGUAAUGGAAGGAUAUGGAGGAGUCGAGAGCAGCGAUGGGGUGCUGUGGAUGUUCGUGGGAGGGUUAGGCUUGUUGAUGCGAUUUUGGGGGGGUAG